UUGAUCCCCCAGCAGAAGGCUCAAAUGCUGAUGUGUUACAAGAAAUCAGCCCUCGGGGACAGUCCAGAGUUUCUUCUUUGAUGCAGCGAUAAUAAAAUAACGCAGAGAAGCGGCGGCGGCUCACAGGUCGAUGUCAAAGAAGACACAGAGGAAGAAAACGGCAGCAGCGGCUCAGAAUGGCGCCCAAAGGUAAAGUCGGCACAAAGGGGAAGAAGCAGAUCUACGAGGACAACGAGGCGACGCUGAAGUUUUACACCAGAGUCAUCCUCGGAGCUAACGCAAUAUAUGCUGCUGUAAAUCUUUUGGUUUUCUACAGUUCGUCUACAUUUUGGACAUGGCUGCUGCUCGGGUUUGCACUAGCAGUGUAUGUCGGGAGUUACCGCUCCAUGUCUGCCAUGGCCAAGCCAGUGUUUGCUGAGGAUGGAAGUCUCCUGGACGGAGGAAUAGACUUAAACAUGGAGCAGGGAAUGGCAGAGCACCUGAAGGACGUCAUCCUGCUCACAGCCAUAGUUCAAGUGCUCAGCACAAUCUCCUCUUAUUUCUGGUAUCUUUGGCUGCUGGCCCCGGCCCGAGCUCUCCACCUGCUGUGGGUGAACUUCCUGGGCCCCUGGUUUAUGGCAGAAAGCCCGUCGGCACCAGAGGAAGUGAAUGAGAAAAAGCAGAGAAGACAAGAGCGCAGACAGAUGAAGAGAUUCUGAUGCUGCAGCGCAGACAGAGCAGUAUUUUUAUAGAAUCUAAUACACAGAUAGCGAGGAACUGAUAAGUUAUUCAGGAAGAAAUGUUGUUAUUAAGUUAAACUCAAUCCAAAUCUGAUACUGUGGAAUCUUGUUUUCCAUGUUUUUUUCUUCCUGCUUUCUCCUGUAAUCCAAUUUUCUCUCUAAAUUAUGAAAUGAAAUUUUCCAUACUUAGAUAUUGUCACGGUCCAAAUCUCAUUUGUCCUCCUCAUGCAGAGAUUUAUGUUUUUUUCUUGUUGCACAAUCUCAUCGCACUGCCCCCUGCAGAUUUACAUCAAACAUCCCCCUAAAAACCCACAAGUCAUAGUGACGAAAACGAGGCAGGACCAUAGCCAGCCAAAUUUAUUCUGUCAGUGCCACUUUUGUCAUGGCAUGUCUUAUUUUUUUAAUUUAAUUUUAUUUUACAAAUAUGUUUCAGAUGUAACAGAGUUCAUAAGUUAUCCUUCAUUACAGAGCUGAUUCUGUUUGUGAGCUGUUAAGUCUUAUAAAAAUCAACUGGAUAUAAAAGUUUUAAUAGGAAAAUAACUUUUUUGCAAUAAAAAUCUCCCUCCAGUUUGGGGGAGGUGAUCCUCAAA